AGUGACUGCACCGCAAUCUCCGUAGUAGCUGUGACCCACACACAUCCUGUCCAUCGGUUGUAAAGCUCAAAUCGAAAGGUAGAGAAAUAAUAUCGAGUUCAACAAGAUUUCGCGUGAAUUCUUCUUUCGCUUCAUUUCUUGGCGCAGUUGAGCUGUUGAUGACGAGGUAUAAUUGGGCAUAAAAAUAGUGGUGAUUUUAUUUCCAUAGUCCUGCUUCAAAUUUAAAAUCAGCCCGCAGUGUUAGUUGUACUUAGACUCACAGUGGGUCCUCCUGAACUGUAGAGAUAAAGACUUGAUGUCGGCUGGUGCUAAAAAAAGUUUCUAGAGGACAAAAUAUAGAUCGGCUACUUCGAGGCAGCUUCACUAGGCUCUGUGACGAGCAAGAAUAGAAACCAGCGUGUUAUCGAAAAGGUCUUCUUGGCGCAGCAAGUAAAAAAAAUCAAACCAACGAUGAGCCGCAAUAAGCAACUCGUUCCGCAUUACUCUCACACCAGCAUGUCGCCCCACAUCAGCGGGCGAGCCAGCCCCACGCUGCCGGACGUGCCGGUGCCUAAAGGAAGGCCGGAGGAGGCGCCGGACGACGAAACUUCCACGACGGCGCAGUGGAAAAAACGCCAGCAGGAGGAGAUGGAGGCGGAGCAGUCGCAAACCCCGACGAACGAGGACGAUGUGUACCCCACCAGCGGCACGCCUGGCCCGGGCUCCUUUUCCGGGGCCGGCACCGGGGACACGGCCUACAAGCAGAAGAAGCCGAAACGCCGGGGGAGUGAAGUGCGCUUAGACGAUGAGGACGCCCUGUACAAUCCGUUUGCGCACCAGACCUCCGUUUUGCAAAAUGCGAUGAGCGCGUCUGGGUCGAAGGCAAGCCUGGUGAACUUUGGCCCGCGGUCCGUGGACGAGCACGCCGAGCUUCUGGGGCAAAACGACCCGCGCAACCGGCUGGACGCAAUGUCCCUGCAGAAGCACUUGCAGCAGCUGCAGAACAGUAACUCGAACAGCCACGAGGAGACCGAGGUUGGUGGUGGAAAUAGUACCAAUACAUCGCAACUUCGCGUGGGUCAGAGUGCAUCCGCGUCGUCCACUGCCGGAAAUUUUUUACCGGGGGCUGCUGCUGGUGCAGCGGCGGGAACUACUGCGCUGAGCGCCAACAACAAGGCGGUCGGCGUUCCAACCGCCCCAGGUGGAGUGGUUGGGCUUCCACCAGUGAUGCUGGACGGCACGCCCCAAGGAACAACCGGGGCAACGACGAAUGAUCCCGGGGGAGGAGGAGGGCCCGAGAAUCUGCUACUCCCCAAGACGCUGUCCGCGAGCGAAACCUAUAGUAAGGCCAGGUUCCUACCACACAGUGAAAACAGCGAGCAUGAGACAGGUGUAGUCAUGCAAGAACAAAUACACAGUCACAGAAACAGAAUCAGAAAGGGUUGACGCAAAUACACGUUGACGCAUAGCUCAUGACGCAGCAUUGUGUGGGCUACUUUUGCUUACAGCAAAUCUUCGCGUCUAUUUGUGCUUCUUGCGUCACAAAUCUAAAUAUGCUAGCUUUUUUUCUGGGUCAUAGGGCACCACUACACUGAACGCGGACGAGGACCAGAGGGAAAUCCUGGGGUUUUUGUAUGCACUGCAGAUGUGUCUGGGUCUGGAAGAUUGGCGCAAAACUUCUAAGGCUGAACUCGCACACGACUCCCGAACUCCGUAUUAUAUGUCUGUUCUUGCAGAAAAGUUCAAGUUGUAAUACGGGCUCAUCUGUGUCAUGCAAAAACGCAGCCUAUUAUUUGCGCCUGACGCGCCAGCACAGGACUACACUUCAAAAGCCUAUCAUGUUUGGCUGCGUAGUACUCUACAACUUUUUCUCUUUCAUUGAUACUAGGUCGUGAGCACCAUGUUGACACCAGGUUGUUCCAAACCUAAAUCGAUAUUUGCACUGCAGAUGCUGCUGGAAGCCGCGAAGCUCCGCGAGAAGUACACGCCGUGCGGCGACCACGCGCCGCUUUGGGAAGACCACCAGUUCGGGCGCGCGCCCGUACGGGAAAACAUCCCGUUUACCUGGAAGAUGAACGAGGCCACGGGCGUGGCCGAGGUCUAUGUGAAGGACAGCGUGUUCGUGGAAAGUGCAGCGGCUGUAACUACAGGAGGUGGUACAGCGACAUCAACUACCUCCACUGUCGACGCCCCAGUUGUGUCCUCUUCCACCACCGCCUCCGCCCCCUCCUCGCCCACCAACCUGUUCCCGCAACCGUCACUACAGGAGUACUUCGAAGACAUGGACCGCAUGUUCCACAUCCGCACCUGCGGCCCGGUGGUGAGCCACUGUUUCUACCGGCUGAAGAUGCUGCGUGCGAAGUUCGAGCUGUACCACAUGGUGAACUACGGCGAGGAGCAGGAGCAGCAGAAGAACACGCGGCACCGCGACUUCUACAACGUGCGCAAGGUGGACAACCACAUCCACCACGCCGCCGCGAUGAACGUGAAGCAUUUGACGCGGUUCAUGAAGAAGAAGUUCAAGAAGGGCACGGACGACAUUGUCGGGUACAGCGAGGAGAACGAGCCGGUUACGCUCGGGGAUUUGGCGAAGGAAAUGGGAGUCGACUGGUCCUCCCUCACGAUCAACAGUUUGCAGAUGUGGACCGACCGGAGCUGCAUGCACCGGUUUGACCGGUUCAAUAACAAGUACAUGCCCAUGGGGCAGUCCAAGUUGCGGACCCUGUUUCUGAAGACUGACAAUAUCAUGAACGGGCGGUACUUUGCCGAAAUCACGCGCGAACUUCUCGACGACCUGGAGGAGUACAAGUACCAGCACACGGAGUGGUAUCCUCAGUAAUGAAAAGGGGGGGGGACAGGCAGCACCCCAGAGUUGUCAUGCAAAUCUGUAUGGUCGUGCCCAAAAUGUUCUUUCUCAUGCGAAGCUAGUUCCAUGAUGUUGAGAAGCAAUUUUUAGUGGUGGUUUUGAUUUUCCCAUGCUAUGUAUGCAUAAUGAGGAUAACUUAGCAAGACAAGGAAUUUGUGAUGUGGAUGCACCACUAGCAAGACACCAGUGCCAUUCGAGCCCAAAUUUGGCAACGUGCGUGAUUCACACGUCUGUUUUAUGUCCCGCGUGAAGAUCGUUCGCAAAUCUUCUGGAUUUCUGUAGCAGAUUUCCCAUUUUGUUGACCCGGGGGUGCUGGGGACCUCCACGACGCGUUUACGCGUGUGAUAAGUGGCGGCUCUCGAUCUACGGGCGCAAGCGCGACGAGUGGGACAAGCUGGCGAAGUGGGCGCUGGGGAAGGGCGGUAGCGGGAACCAAACCCGGUUGAUCAGCGUGAACAACCAGUGGAUGAUCCAGAUUCCGCGGCUGUUUGAGGCCUACAAGUCCGCGAACCAGCUCCAGAACUUCCAGGAGAUGAUCGACAACAUUUUCAUACCGCUGUUCGAAGUGACCGUGGACCCGGAGUCGCACCCCGAACUGGAGGAGUUUUGCAAGUACAUCGGCGCCUUUGACACGGUGGACGACUAUUACAAUGAAAAAUGCCCCCACCCCCGAACUUGGGAGCAUUUGUAUUGCAAACCUUUCCAAAUGGAAUAUUCGCCCUCUUGCAUCUAUCAGCAUCACAGGUUUCCAAUCGUGAAUAGCAAAAAUUUGUAUUGCAAAAGAUCCCAGCAAGAGCGGCGCUUGUCAUGCAAGCGAUGCGAUAGAUACACGACUAGACUCGGCACCAGAAAGAUUCAUACUCCUUUCAUGCAUGACAAAAAGUAUUCAUUUGAAAACUUCGCAUCACAAAUUUCAGGUGUUGGGGAGGCACUUUUCACUGUAAUAACGACGAGUCAAAGUUCGCGGGGCCGCAGGAGCGUGCGUUCGCGGCCAUGAUGAAGGCCCCCAAGGAGUGGGACGCGUGCGUGAAUCCCAGCUACAAGUACUACAGCUACUACAUCCAGACCAACAUGCGGGUGUUGAACCAGCUCCGGGCGAAACUCCACCUAAACCAGUUCAAGUUCCGGCCGCACGCGGGGGAAGCUGUAUCCGGGGGAAAGUAAACGUAGUUGUAGUACCCAACAUCAUCUACUUCCCAGGAUUUGUGCUAGACAAAUGAUCCUGUAGUUUAGUCGUGGCGACGAGCUGCAAGAAAGUGGCACAGCGGCGCCAGAAAUUGAAUUUGGGUGGCACAGCGGCGCCUUAUCGAUCUUGAUCAGAGAGUGAUAGAUACAGAGAUUCGGAUUACAUAUGAAGAUGGGUACUUGGGUGUGCAUACUAGGUUUUUGCAUAGCAUAACUGGGCGAACUACACCACCUGGACACCGCCUUUCUGCUGGCGGACGGCAUCAACCACGGGAUAAAUUUGAAGAAAAAUCCAGCACUGCAGUAUAUAAUAGUGCUUCUUUUGAGGCUUAAGUGAAGAAUCGGAACCGUUCCCUGAAGUAUCUGUUGUUUUGCAUUUUUUUCCAGUUCUUGACGUUUAGACCCCCCGGCAGGAAGUCGGCAUAAAAAAAAUCCACCGCAGGUACCUGUUUUACCUUUGCCAAAUCGGAAUCAGCAUGUCGCCCUGCAGCAACAACCAGCUUUUCCUCCGCUAUGACAAGAACCCCUUUUAUCACUUCUUCCAAACAGGUACAGGGUCUUCAUCUUUUUUGCACUGUGAUUGGAAAUCGAGUGUGAAGAUUGCAUUUUGUUUCCUGUGCAUUGGCUUUGAGUUUGAACCUGUUGGCAAAGAAAAUGAUCUCUGCAACAUGACUAUAACAGGUUUAAACGUGACCUUGUCCACGGACGAUCCGUUGAUGUUAUCCUACGGAAAAGCACGCCCAUCUGGUGCCAAAAAAAGAGGAAACUGCGUUGCAGUUUUUCGUGUCACAAGUAGCCUUUUCUUGGCUGGUAGGGCAGCAAUACAAGUGUAGUUCUUGGCACCUCGUCUUUAGACCGCGCUAACUAGCAUGACAGACUGCAUUCGGAAUAACACACAAUUUUUGCCUGUGUUGCGGUCGCUGCAUUUUUGUUGAGGACUAUUUGGGCAACGCAAAUUGAUUUUGUUCUGGUAUGGGUGUAUUCUUUUCCUUUUCUGAAGGAUAUUUCUUCCACCAGACGAAGGAACCCCUCCUGGAGGAAUACGCCAUCGCAAAGCAGUUGUGGAAGCUGUCCCCGUCCGACCUGUGCGAGGUCGCGCGCAACAGCGUGCUGCAGUGCUCCUACCCCAUGGAGUAUCCAGGAAAAGAACUGUGUGAGUGUAAGAAAAAGAACUCUUUGGGAAAAAUACGUGUAACAUGUUGACAGCAAAAAGUUGUCAUGCGCAGGCACUAGGCUGAAACAUGAAAGUGGCUUAGGACCACGCCUGUCGACCGUGAUGACAAGCGUCACUGUCUUGCUUCGCCUGCAACACAAUCAACAGAGUUCUUGUGCCUACUCAGUUUUUUUCUUGCAUAGAAAAUCCGUGCUGCACUGGCUCGGACUCGAGCGGCCGGAGGAACUGUACAUGAAAAACAGCAUCUACCACACCAACGUCCCGGAUAGUCGAUUCAAGUUCCGGCGGCGAAGUCUCCGGGAGGAGUGGAUGAGCCUGCACGGGGAAGUAUUGUGAGGAAAAAUUCCCCCUCCCCAUACUGAAGCGGUACCCUUCUGAACAUUUGUGAUGCUGAUUUGUGACCACAAAUCCUGUCUCUCUUGCAGGAGGGCAAACGCAAAUGGUCUGCCGCCUUAUGCAGGCGGUUUGUCAUGCUGUUGCGCCAACAUGGCAGGCCUCUGCUAUGCUAAGCGCCUAUACCAAAACACCCUGCGGAGGCUUAGGCUUUGCCUGCAUUGCCUCACAGCAAGACAGAGCUGAUUUGUGUACACAAAUCCAGCAACCCCCAGGGGGUUGUGGACCUGGCAAAACCGAUGAGUUCGGGCUGCUGACUGUUCCACCUCUUCCGAGUGCGAUCAUGUUACGCCUCACGCCUCACGCCUCACAAAUCCAGCAACAGAAAUUUCCGCUUUGAUAUGGGGAGGGGGCAUUUUUCAUUUUGAUAGGAAGAGGGCGUGGACCAAAGCGACUGGGAGGACUCCUACCAGCUGCUGCUGCUGUCCCCCAAAGCCAGGCAGGUGUCCACCAGCAACGUGGUAGCGAACGCCGUGAACAACCCGAUGAACAAUGCGAGUUUGUUUCGCUCCCCGUCGCACAGCAUGCAGCAGCAAACCGCUUCCGCCACCGGAUCGAGCGCGGACAUGCAAUUUCGGGGGAACAAGGACGCGACGCCGCCGCGGCUAAGCAUCGCAAAUAUAAUGGUGUCUAGGAGGUGGUGGCUCUCUGAAAGUUUAGAAAGGUUUGCAACGACAGCGACGUAUGAAAAGUGUUUGGACCACGCUUUCUGAUGCCUACUUAGAAGCUCGCUUAGCGAAUCGCUAGUACUAUUCGAACGACUACGUUGGCUGCUCAUGCAACUACAUAGGUCGUCGUCGUUUCUCAGAAUGAAAUGAAUAUGAUUAUGCAAGGCACGUGUUUCUUCCAGAUCCAGCUCCAGACACCUGUAAAAUUUGCAUCGUUGAUAGCGGGUGAGCGUAAACCCGCAGGAAAUGGUUCUUCCGCUCCUCUCGCAAGUGCAGAUGACCGACAGCCUGACGCUGCCCCUGGAGGAGGAACACCUGUCCGCCCAGGCCUACGCGCACGAGCAUUCGGGACCGGUGAAGGGGCCCACAGCCGGGUCCUCGUCCUCGCACCUGGAGCUGUCCACCGCGAAACUGCAGCAGUUGACGCAGAAUUACUCGUCAAUUAUCCAGGACGCCGAGGAGAUCGCGGAGGGCGGCAAGAAUUUCGCGCAGGCCGGCCUCGACGGCUACGAGGCGGACUACGCAGACAUGGGGAAUUUUGAAGACGACGUGCUGCUUCCGGCGCCGGCGUCGAAGAACGCAGGCCUGAACUCCUCGGAGUUUGGCACGACCCUCCCCGGAGAACUGCAGCUGCCGCGAACGCCGGGCAGCAGCAAGGGCGCCGCGGCAGUCGUCGGGGCGAACAACGACCUGCUGGAUCACCAGGGGAAUUUGCGCAUUCCGCAGACCCUGGGGCUGGAACUGCCAAAACACCCAAAGAUCAACCCGGACGGGACCAUGAUGUGGCCGCAGGAGGGCAGUAAUGCAGCUCCCGGGUCGAACAACUACUACAACUCCCCUGCCGGAUCAUCGUUUUUCGCCCUGCGGUGCUACAACGCGACAAACCGCGUGCUGCCGACAUUUUUGCCGGCGAGACUCCGGUCCGGGGUCUCAAACUUCGUCUACUUUGUGUUUUCCUCUGUCACGACGAGCAGUAGUACGGUCGCGUACGACAGCAGCGGACAGCAGCAAAGGAUCGUCUCCACCUCCGUUGCGGCCCCGCUCGUUUGGGUGGGUGGCGGACUUUUGUUGGGUUUGCUGCUGGCACAAAAUGGCGGAAACGGCUACAACCCGGGCGCCUCGCAGAAGAGGGGGCGGUAA